AUGGGGGGCCCUGUCCUCGAGGUAGAAGGGUUGUGGCGAACUUUGAAAGUCUGCACCAAAUGCGGGAUUGAGGCCUCUCCCGGCCAGAAGCGGCCCCUGUGGCUGUGUAAGAUCUGCAGUGAGCAGAGAGAGGUCUGGAAGAGGUCGGGGGCCUGGUUCUACAAAGGGAUCCCCAAGUUCAUCCUGCCCCUGAAGACCCCCGGCCAGGCUGAUCACCCCUCCUUCCGACCGUUGCCUGUGGAGCCAGCAGAGCGAGAGCCCAGAAGCACUGAGACCAGCCGCGUCUAUACCUGGGCCCGAGGGAGAGUGGUUUCCAGCGACAGUGACAGCGACUCUGACCUCAGCUCCUCCAGCCUGGAUGACAGACUCCCGCCUGCUGGGGUCAGGGGCCCGAAAGGCAACAGACCCUGGGGGGAGUCAGGUGGCAGCGUGGAGUCACUGAAGAUGGGGCCCACCCGCCCAGCCAGCUGCCUCUCGGGGAGCCAGAGCAGCCUGGCCAGUGAGACCGGGACAGGCUCUGCUGACCCACAGUGGGGGCCCCGCACCCUGGCCGGACCCAAACGGCCCCGGUAAAAGGCUCACCUGGGCCAGCCCCCACUGCUGACAUGGCCUCCGACGGUCCCUUCCACCUUCCCUGGACAGAGGUGCGCUUGGUGCAUGGGGCAGACUUUCCAGUGGAAGAGCUUGAGAGAGACGGGGAGAGACAGCUGGAGUCAGACCCCUCCUGGUUCCUUCCUGACCAGACCAGGAGCCCUUGGCCGCCAGCCCUGUCGGACGUGACCUCUAACCCAACAAACCAGUGUUUGGGGGGCUGAGUCUGCUCCCCUGCACCCAGUGCCUUUCUGCACCCCUUCUUUCCUAGGAGCCCAGCCACCCCACUCCGCCCUGACCUUUAUUUAUUGCCCUCCCCACUUCCCAGCCUACUCGUGUGUUCAUUUUAAGUUUGCUCUCAUCUUGGUUGGACUGGAAGGGCCUUCAGACCCACCCGUAGGGCCUUCCCAUGUGCACUGCUGUUUCAGAGGUGGGGCUUUCUCCGUAUUUGUAUUCAUGGAAGAAGACAUCAUCCUGAGGGUGACCCUUCACUGAGGAGCGUGGCCCCUAGAGAGGAGGCCAGUGGAGGUGGGAGGAGAGGUCCACCACCCUUCUCCUCUUGCUCCAGCCCCCAGACGUGGAUACAGUCACCUCCCUCCUGGCCCAGGAGCUGCUCUUGAACUUGGUUCUCUGUUGAGUCUCUUGGAAGCCCUCCCUGGGGGUUGGUGGAGCUGGAAAGUGUUCUGGGGAACACUGAAUUCGUUCACUGAGGAGCAGCCUUCAGUUGAGUUCCCUGCUGGGGCGCGAAGCUCCCUAAGCCAUUAAUUCACUCCUCUUCAGUAGGCUCAAUUUGGCAGAAAAACACUUAAUUCAUAGUGCAGGCCAAUGCUUCUGGAAAACUCUUCCUAUAGGAGAGAGAACGUGCCCGUGUGUGUGUGUGCUGCCCACACCCUCCCAUCCUUCCUGCCUGCCCCGUGCCUGGUCCGUGCCUGGUCCUUGAAGGGCCUUCCUCUCCAGUCUCUCAGACCCCCACUAUUAGCUCUUUUGCCCUUGUCGCUGGCAGACAGUUUAAAAAAAAAAAGUCCUGUUUCCCUGUGACAAGUUAUGCUUCAGAAUAAAAACAAUAAAUAUUAGAAUUUGCAUUGA